ACGUUUCGGUGAAGGUUUAAAACGCGUCGGCGGUGUUUCGUAGUCUUCGAGCAGUCGUCACUCGAACUGCGUCCACGCAGCUUUCCGUUGUUGCCCGCCGCCGCCUUAACGAAUCUAACACAAUCAUAAUCGGCCCGACUAUUCGAAAUCGUGCGCGAAACGAAAAUCAUAGUGUCAACCAUUAGAAAACUCGAAUCAUGUUCUCCAAUUCUCGUUCAACGCUUUUCGCCAAGGAAAGUUAUUCCUAAUUCACGCCGAAUAAUGUAGCGGAUAAUGGAGGUAGCCGGAUGAUAAAUAGAUAAGUAGCACCGUUCACUGCUGAUAACAAACGUCAUCAAAUUGACCGGGAAGCUGAGAGCCGACUCGACUCAAUUCCUCGACGCUGGACCCUACCCUUAUUCUCAUACGCGAUGUGCAAUAACAAUAAGGAAAACAACAAAUUAACAUCACGGCACAGGCCGAUCAAAGUAACAACGAUCGGUGAUGGUACUGUUGGUAAAACAUGUAUGCUCAUUACAUACACGACCAAGAAAUUCCCAUCGGAAUACGUACCCACGGUUUUCGAUAACUAUGCUGGAAGCAUACGCGUAGAUGGACAAGAAUACGAUAUGACUUUAUGGGACACUGCCGGUCAAGAAGAUUAUGAGAGGAUCAGACCUUUAUCUUAUCCAAACACUGACUGCUUCUUGAUCUGCUUUUCAGUGAAUUCUCGCAAUUCUUUAGAGAAUGUCGCGAACAAGUGGCAUCCAGAAAUUAAGCAUCACUGUCCGAACACACCUAUAGUUCUUGUCGGUACUAAAGGAGACCUUAGAAAUUCAGAAAAUGUGGAUACAGUUACGAUAAAAGACUGCAAAAAAAUGAAGAAAAAAGUAAAAGCCUAUAAAUAUAUUGAAUGUUCUUCACUGAAAUGUGAAAACCUGGAAGAAGUUUUUACAGAAGCCAUAAGAGCAGUUCUCAAAAAGCCAUCAAGUAAAUUCUGCUGUACAUUCUGAGAAUUAAGUCAACAUAAAAUAUUUAUAUCUAAUUAUUAGGAUAGAAGCAGGCAUUGAAUCAGAAUAAUUUUUUACUUAGAAAAUGUAUACAUUGUUCCAAAGACUAUGCUUUUUAAGUAUUUUUACUAAUGUAUAUUACAAUAAAAGUUAAUAAAAAAAAUAUAUUAGUGUCA